AAAGUUUCUGUUGGUAUAACCGAGACUUAUUACCACCCUUCGUCGUGAGAUUGAUGGUUAACUAUCCUCCCAGCCAGCAGUGAGAGAAUUUGCGAUAUCAUUGCUAGUAGACUUAAAAAAAGACGAGCAGAAUUCGAAUGUAAACCCAUCUCCACCAGAAAGUGUACUAGUGUCUAGCAAGAUUGUGCGCUGGGGAUUCCUUUAAAGAAGGGUGGACCUGAGCAUGACUGACCAGGCAACCUCUUACAGUAUCGUGGGAACCGCAUCUGGGUUCCUUGGUGAUGUUCAGCAAGCAAAGGACAAUCAUGUUCGUGAGCUGAAUAUUCGUUUGAAGAAUUUAGGACCUGAUCAUGUUGACGUGGCAGCGUCUUACAGUGACUUGGGAACCGUUUGUGGUGCCCUUGGUGAAUUUCAGCAAGCAAAGGAGUAUCAUAGUCAAGCGCUGGAUAUUCGUUUGAAGAAUCUAGGAUCUGAGCAUGUUGACGUGGCAACUUCUUACAGUGGCUUGGGGACCGUAUGUGGUGCCCUUGGUGAAUUUCAGCGAGCAAAGGACUAUCACGGUCGUGCGCUGAAUAUUUAUUGGAAGAAAUUAGGACCUGAGCAUGUUGACGUGGCAGCUUCCUACAAUGGCUUGGGGACCGUAUUUUGUGCCCUUGGUGAAUUUCAGCAAGCAAAGAACUAUCAUGGUCGUGCGCUGGAUAUUCGUUUGAAGAAUUUAGGACCUGAGCAUGUUGACGUGGCAGCUUCUUACAGUGGCUUAGGGACCGUAUGUGGUGCCCUUGGUGAAUUGCAGCAAGCAAAGGACUAUCAUGGUCGUGCGCUAGAUAUUCGUUUGAAGAAUUUAGGACCCAAGCAUGUUGGCGUGGCAGCUUCUUACAGUGCUCUGGGGACCGUAUUUUGUGCCCCUGGUGAAUUUCAGCAAGCAAAGGACUAUCAUGGUCGUGCGCUGGAUAUUCGUUUGAAGAAUUUAGGACCUGAGCAUGUUUACGUGGCAGCUUCUUACAGUGCUCUGGGGACCGUAACUCAUGCCCUUGGUGAAUUUCAGCAAGCAAAAGACUAUCAUGGUCGUGCGCUGGAUAUUCGUUUGAAGAAUUUAGGACCUGAGCACGAUUUCGUGGCACUUUCUUACAGUGACUUGGGGACAGUUUGUAGUUCCCUUGGAGAUCUUGUGCAAGCAAAGGAUAACUUUGAGCGUGCGCGUAACAUUUUCGUGAAGAGGUCAGGACCUCAAAAUAUAUACGUGGCAAUGUUUUGCAGAAACCUGGCCACCAUCUGUGAUGUCAUUGGUACCCCUAAGCAGGCAAAGCAUUGGAAUGAACGAGCGCAAACCAUUCUUUCCAAAAAUAAUAGAUCUGAAAGAGCUGAUGUCUCUUCUUUGAGCAAGUUCCAAACUGAGCACUCAGUCCCGCCCUAUAUUAUGGCCAGAGGACCCACCGCGAAGGCCGCUUACCAGAGAGCUCUUGAAACGGGAAAGGCAUUCGAUAAGCGGGUUAAAAUCGUAUUGAUUGGCCAAGACCGCGUUGGCAAAUCUAGUGUCCUACGUUCUUUGAAAGGUGAACUAUUCCGACAAGAUGAAUCGAGCACAGAAGGGGUGCAAAUAGACAUGCCUCUGAAACAUGUUGGUGAAAAACCAUGGAAGAAUUCCAAAGACGAACAAGAAAAGAGUACAUUCCAUUACAAAUGGGCUCAAGAUGCUAGUAAGUGGUUACUUCCUAAACCACCAAACCAAAUUUACGUGGACAGCGAAGUUGCGAGGCAAACAGAGACUGAUGAGACACAGGGAACAGAGGGGGUAAUCGGCGAAAAAGGAUCAAACCAGGGUAUACUUGAAUCUGUUUUGGGUUCGAUUCAGGGAAAGCAAGAUCAUGACAUAGAACCGAGGACUCAGCUGAACUCAGAUAAAAUUUCUCCGAUAAGACAAGGGGACAACGGGCGUAAUGAGAAGCGAAACAGUGACAUCCCUGAUGAAGUGGUGCAACUUACAACUGAAAACCUCUCAAGGAAAGAGUCAGUGAAGGAUGACGGCGUUUGGCCAGUUUGCCUGGAUUUUGGUGGUCAAGCCAUUUACCGUGCUAUUCAUCCUAUUCUCGUUUCGCGUGAAGCAGUUUAUCUGCUGGUGGUUGAUCUUACCAAGGAUCUUUCUGCCCUAGCCCAAUGUUUCGUGAAAGAGGCUGGUUACGACGAAGUUAAAAUUCCGUCUCCUGACAUCAAUGACACAAACCUAGAUCACAUUAUGAGGUGGAUGGACAUGGUGAAUUCCUUCAAACACGAAAAGAAUGGCGAAGUAUUACCACCUGUCAUUUUGGUUGGAACACAUGCCGACCAUGUGCAAGGAGACCCCGGAAUCGUGAUUACGAGUGUAAAGGACAUCAUUUGUGACACAGUAAGAGAGUUCAGUGAACACAUAAUCGGAAAAACAUUUGCAGUGAACAACACUCUUGCUGGUAAGGAACUAGAGGAAGAAGAUCCCCAAAUUGUUGCCUUACGGAAAGAGAUUCUGAAGGUUGCAGAUACUUUGCCACAUACAAAAGAUGUGGCUCCUUUAAAGUGGCUUCAAGUGGAAAACGAAGUCCGUAAUCUAGCAAGCGCGGGGACAAAUUAUGUCACAAGGCAAGACUUCCGAAAGAAUAUCUGUGACGAAAUUUGCAAAUUUGAGGUCGAAGAUGACUAUGAAGUACUUUUACACUUUUUGCACGAUCGUGGUUCAGUGGUUUAUCAUGGUAGGGCUGACGAUCCUGGUAGUCUGGUUUUUUUGAAUCCAAAGUGGUUGAUUGAUGUUUUGUGUCAGAUAAUAACGGUUGAAAAACAGAAAGAAGAGAAAACUGUCAUUUCAAAUCUCCGCAAAGAUCUUGGCAAGUACGGCAUUCUUGAUGCUAAGCUGCUUGAUUACUCUUGCACAAAACUGGGCGUUGGCGACAUCAAGGAGUCUUUACUUUUCCUCAUGAAGAAGUUCAACCUUCUUUGUGAAUAUACGGGAAAAGAUGGCAGUUCCGUGUAUCUUGUUCCGUGCAUGCUGACCUCCACACCUGACGAUGCGGACGUUUCUGCUAACCCAGGCCCUGCGCCCGUUUAUGUCACAUUCACCACUCAGUACGUCCCUGGUGGUCUCUUUUCAAGAAUGGUUGUCCUUUUCUUCGAAUCUGUAAAAAGACGAAUUGCGUGUGUGCAGGCAGAGCUGCGGGCUAACUUAGCUCGUUUCUAUUUGGGAAAUCAGACUGCAGUUAAUUUUGUUUGCUACAAGCGUGUGAUCAAAGUACACGUAUGGAAUUUCACCGAUCCAAGUAUGGACCCUGUCAAGACCGAGCCAAAAGUUUGCUCAAAGGUCUUAAGGUUUUUGAAGACAAGUUUGGAGAGGCUGCACGAGGAGUGUCAUUGGCUGCAAACAGUAUCAUGGGAUCUCUGCGCUAAAUGCAGUUUGUGUCCGCGCCAGUUUGUUCGUGGAACCGGAAAGUGUUAUUGGCAUGCGGAAGUAGAAUGUUGCCACGAUGAUUGUGCGCAUUAUGUUUCCUUGACAAGAAAGCCUUUCGUUUGCUCGCGUACUCUGAGGGGUCCAACGUUUUGUCCGCCCGAGACUUGGAGUCAGGUCUUGGACGAUAUCAAUGGUAAAAACCACAAUGGCAAGUCUUUACAAAGCUUUCCUCAGACUGAGGGUAACUAA